GCGACCCCGGACCGCGAGCGGACGCAUUUAGGGAGCCGUUCCCCGACAGACGGCGGGGCGCUCGGCCUCUGCGUCUGGGCUGAGCACGGCGACGCUGCUGCUCUGAAAUCCUCCUGGAUCUUGAGGCGUAUGGAACCUCAAGGUCUUUGUGAUAAUGGAAACCAAAAAAUUAAUUGGUAAACCGCUUCAACCAGCAAGACCUGUUCGUCAUCUGACUUCUCCUCCUGGAGUAGUGUUUCCUUUCAACUUUCAAAAUGAAUAUCCAUGCAACACUCAGUGCUUACAAAGUGGAGUUGGCAGAUGUAAGACAAAUGGAAUGCAAGCCUUUCCUCAAGGUCUUAAUGAAAAGCAGCAACAUCAGUCUCCAGUUAAAAAAGAGAGAAUUAAAUACAGCAGAGAUUUCCUGUUGAAGCUUUCAAGUGUUUCCAUCUGCAGAAAAAAACCAGACUUUCUGCCUGAUCAUCCCAUUGUACUUCAAAAACCAGAAAACAACCAAAGUUUUAAGUAGCAUUUUAAGAACAGAUGAAUUUGAAGAUAAAAGAAUUAUUUGUUUUCUAUUAUGGACACCUACAAAUGAAGUGGAUCUAGUAACAAAUAACUGCAGUGGACUGACAAUUCAAUUUAUUUUUAAUUUUGAUGGUUGGCUAUUUGGUUUUUCCUAAAA